AUGCAACAACGACUAUUUCUAUUAAUGAUUUUUAUUAAACAUCAAUUGGUUGAAUCUCAAAAAAUAUCAAAUUCAUAUGGAAAAGUAGAUCUUGUUUUUACUUAUACACGUGGAAAACCUUUCAACUUUAUCAAAAUACCUAUUACUACCAAUCUGAUUCAAAACUCAAAUGCAAAUGACGCUUUCAUUUUGCAACUAGACCAAAUGAAGAGUGCUUUGUACAAUGUUGAAAGAAUCACUUGUACAGAAUUUUCUGGUUCUUCAGGGCCUUGUCCUAAGAAUUUUCUAAGUGCAUAUAUAUUCUUUCAACAUUAUACCAUUGAAACUCAUCUUAUAUUUAAAAUGAGAAGUGACAGUUCAUCAUUAACAAGACUUCUUCUUAAUUUAUCGUCUAUAACAGCAACUAAUAACGGUGCAUUGAAUUUAACAUGUUUCAUGCCGGAUAGCUACGCUUUACAAUAUAAUAAUAAACCAAAAGAUUCGUUCGAUACAAAAUUAUCUGCAACAAGUCUUGUUGGAGUUAUUUUUCUUUGUUCAUUCGUAGUUCUUGUAUUUAUCUUUUCUGGCGUAUGGUGUGCUACUACUUAUUAUCGCCAAUUUUCACAGAAUCGAAUGGAAAAAAAACACCGUAUAGCACUGGAAAAAUCAACGCAACAAAUGCUCGAUAAAUCGCCAAUUAUUACCUACGAUGCAAAUAGUGAAGACAACGAUUUUACUGAUAAAGAUCCAACGUGUGCUAUUUGUUUAGAAUCUUUUAAAAGCAAAGAAAAACUUCGAAAAAUAGUUUGUGCACAUUAUUUUCAUGUCACGUGUAUCGAUCCAUGGUUAUUAUCCCAUCAAAGUUGUCCGCUUUGUAAUCGAAAUAUUUUACUUAAUGCAAUACCGUCAAUUUCGUCUCAUAUUGUUAUGACUGAUACUGAACAAACAGAAAACCCAACAGCAUCCUCUAUGAACAAUGCAGCAAAUGAAACUUAG